AUGGAGGGGCUGGUGUCCAGACAGUGUCCAGACAGCUCUACUAAAGGGGAGUCAGACACAGACACACAAAACAACACUACAGGGUGGUGUUGUGACUCUGUCUGUCUGCCAUGUGGAGAUGGGAAGGACAUCUUGGCUGUGUACAGAACACUGGGGCCUUACAUCCGGAAUGUCAGCCUGGCCGUGCUGACUGACACAGUGCAUGCUGGGAUGCCUUUCCUCCUGGAGGUUUAUGGGUACCUGGCGGCUCCUCCCACUCAGCCAACAGGGAUACAAGGCCUGGGAGGAGAGAACCUAUCGUCUGUGGACGUUCAAUUCAGUGGGAGGAGCCACAAAGGUCAAAGUUUCCACAGCGUCAUCGUCCAGGACGAUGGCUUCUUCACCUUCUCCUCUGAUUGGAUGCUGGAAAACCCUGGAACAUACCAAAUUAAGGGGUUGGAGGUCAGCCUGGUCCAGGGGCGAGGGGGUACCCCCUCCUGCCUGCCCUACCCAGCCCAAGACACCCUAUCCCAGGCUCUGGAGAAGGCCUACCUGGGUGAUACCCUCACCCUCCAGGCAUAUGUAGGAGCUGGAAUCAGGGUGCAGUUCCACUGGAGAUUCAGUGAUGAUGAAAAGGAAGAGGAGGAUGAGGAAGAGGAAGGGAAGAGGAGGGAUAUAAAGAUCGACUGCCUUCCUGAUUCUGACUGUCUGAGCAGCACUGUGGCGGUGGUGAGGCGUGUUGUGCGUGAUUUGACCCUGGAAAGUCGGUCUGGGUACCAUCUGGCUGCUGGUCAGAACAUCUCUGUGGACCUGCAGCUCUACACCACACAGAGACAGAGCCUACUGCUCAACCUCACACUGACCUACCAGAGAAAACACAGCGUCAACCAAGACCAUGUCCACAACCUCAACCAAACCUUCAGUCAUGACGAUGCAGACUAUGAAAACAAUCAAAACCAUGACCAAACAGAAGAUCACAACAUCAAUCAAAACCAAACCUACAAUCAUGAACUUGACCACUUCUACAACUUCACCCUAGCGCUUGAACUCAACCACAACCAAAGCCAUGGUCAUGGCAAUGACGAUCACACCCUGUCCCUUCAAUUCACCCACACCCUCUCCCUGUCCUCCUACACCCAGCCCUCCAGUCCCCUGCACCUCCUCUCCUCCUACGGUCAGACCAGCUGCCACCUCCAGUUCCGCCUGCACUACCCCCUCCCUUCCACCGUGGGACAGUAUACCCUCUCAGCCACAGUCUUCUCCCUCUCUGACCCUGCUGUGCCGCUACUCUCCGCCUGUCUCCCUUUCCCCCUGGUGAUGUUCGACCGCAUACGCACCCUCUGGCCGGCUGGACCGUGGAGCGCUGUGGUUCAGUCACAGUCAGAACUCAACCUCACGGUCACCAGCCGGGCUGACCGCAUGGGUUCUAAGGUGCUUUGGACAGUUGCUAGGGGCAACACCACUGUGUUCAACAGGAUCACGGAGGCCUGGACCGUGACCAUGACUUUCCCGAUCGCAGGGAGCUAUCUGGUCAUGGUCAAAGCCUUCAACCCAAUCAGCUGGGCUGGCUUCCACACACACUUCCUGGUCCAAGAUCCAGUCGGAGAUUUUUUGUUGAACAUUCCGAGCGUGGUCACGGUCGAUUGUCCAACUGCAGCGUUGUUCACCAUCACAACAGGGUCGAACAUGUCUGUGGUGGUGUUUGCAAAUACAUCUGUGCUGUACCAGAACCACAGCUACACAGCAGGGGAGGAGGUGACCGUGGGUUUGUUGUUUGACCGUACUGGGACCGCUGAGGUUGAGGUCAGAGCUGAGAACCUGGUCUCCUCUGAGAACAGGACUGUGAACGUGUGUGUUCAGUUGGUCAGAAAGUGGUCACACACCGUCACCAUGGAUAUAACUCUACCACCGGUCACUGGGCCGAGCCUAGCCCUCAGCACCAAGGUCAAUGCUGACUUCAUCAAAGCAACAGCGAUAGUGGUCAGAGGCGGGGCCUUGGUGUUUGAGUGGCAGGUGUCUCUCCCAGAACUCACCACUCACAGUCACACAGACAGGAACACCAGUGUGAGCACCCUUAAUCUCCAGGCAGUUGUUCCAGGAAUGUAUAACAUUACCGUGACAACCUACCGUCCCCAGGGCGACACCUCAGUCAGCCGACACCUAGAGGUCAGGGUUCACGGCCCCGUGGGUCACGUUCAAGUCCAGUACCCAUUUGGGUCGGAUCGGGCAGCGCUCCACCUGCAGGCUGUUGGGACCUACGCCACGCCCUUCCUCCUGUUCAGAGGACACUCCUUCUCCCACAGCGUCCAUUUUGUUUUUGACUUCGGAGACGGGUCGCCAACUUCAUAUGUGAACGGUGUCUCUCAUUCGCUGGGAAAGACUGCAUCCACCUAUCACCAGUUCACUAAAGAGGGAGUGUUCCAGAUCAGGGUGUGGGCCUACAAUGAGUUCUACAGAAGUACGGCUGUGGAACAUGUGUUCUAUGUAGAGAAGGUUCCAGCGGGUCUAGAACUCUCUGCUAACUCUAGUGUGGUCUAUAAGAACCAGGUGGUUCUCUUUGAGGCUCCGUUAGAACAGGGGACUAACGUCUCCUACACCUGGAGUAUGGGAGACCAGACCACCUACGUCAAUGCAGGUGCUGUAGUGUCCCAUGUGUUCCUGUCUGAGGGUUUGUUUGGGGUGUGUGUGUUGGCUGAGAACAAAGUGGGGAGUGUAAGCCGCUGUGUCUCCAUCUCUGUGCUGCACCGGAUGCGAUCUGUGAGUAUCCACACAGAGAAGCAGGCGUAUGCCACAAACAUUGAUAUAACAUUCCGGGCCCGGACAGAAGAACCGGACCCUCUGGAAUUCCUCUGGCACUUUGGAGAUUCCCGGCCACUCUGGACCACGUCACGCUCCUUCAACAAGACAUACCACACACCUGACAGGUACAGUGUGGUGGUGGUAGCCUCCAACGGGCUGAGCUCCUUCACCUCUGCGGUCCAUCCUGUCCUGGUCCAGAGAGCUGUGUGUCCUAACAGAUUGCUCCUCCAGCCCUCUGUGGUUCGGAACCACACCGCCAGCUUCACCUGUAGGGUCAACUCUGGAACCAACCUCUCCUACUCCUGGAGCUUUGGAGACGGAACCUCCAGGACGGGAGGGAACACAGAACAGCAUGUGUUCCACAGGACAGGAGAGUUCACGGUUGAGGUGACCGUGUCUAACCUGGUCAGCUCUGCCUCCCUGACCGCACAGAUGUUUGUGGUCGACCGCCCCUGUAAGCCUCCAGCUGUUAAAAACAUGGGACCGCUCAAGAUACAGGUACGGCGGUAUGAGCCAGUGGGUCUGGGGGUGACAUAUGAGGCAGAGGUCCAGUGUGAUGUGUCCCAGGGUCUGGAGUACAGCUGGUCUCUGUAUACCUCUACAGGCCUGCCUGUACCUCUACCUCCUGUUCACACAGACAGACAGAGCAUCACCCUACCCAGCCACUUCCUACACUAUGGUAUCUACACCGCUAUAGCCAGGGUCCAGAUCGUGGGCAGUGUGGUGUACAGUAACUACAGUGUGUGUGUGGAGGUGGUGCCUAGUCCUCUGGUCUCCUUCAUCCAUGGAGGCACCAACAUGUUCCUCAGCAGCCGAAACAGCAGCAUUAUCUCCCUCAACGGACAACUCUCCUACGACCCCGACUACCCCAUGAACCACCUCAGUUAUAGCUGGACCUGUAAGCCAAUCAGUGCCAUCGACAGCUCCUGUUUCGACGAAUAUGUGCCCACCUCCUUCUCUGUGAUCGUGUUUCCAGUGGGGUUCCUGAAACGGGACUUUGACCAGUUCAGGUUCACGCUCACGGUCCAGAGUGGAGAACGCUCAUCUAUGGCUGACACCUUCAUCACGGUCACACCCAGCCUGGUCAGAAGGGUGUCAGUGUAUUGUUACCAGUACCAGGGGGAUUCAGUGAACUGGGACCAGUCGUUCUCAGUCAGAGCACUGUGUGAGAGCUGUGGCCCCUCCCCCAGAACCAUCAGCUACACCUGGACUCUCUACCUGGUCAACUCCUCCAGUAAGGUGGACACAGACGUCCCCUUCUGUCACAGUGUGGAUCUGAGUAUUCCCUCCAACAUCAUUGGUGGCCCUACCUUUCCCCUGCCCCCAGCCCUGACUCUCACCCCUCCAUCAUCACCCCCUCACACACCCUCACCCACAGCCAGCAUGAUGUCCUCAUCCACAGAGAUAUCCUCAAAAAUGACAUCAUCAAACACAAACGCCAAACAGAGGUCACAGGUGUCAGUAGAACUUCAGAGGAUCAAUAGCACAGCUGGGAACAACCAAACACCAAACUACACCCCUCCAUUCCUCUCUUUACCAAACCACACUGUUUUGGCCAACCCUUCAAAAAACUCCUCCCCCGAGCCCAUCUCUGCUCCAAUCAGCUCCACUCCUGAUACACCUGAGCCAGACGUGGGAAGGUUUGACCCCGCAGGGCCCCCUUACCCCAUCUCAGAGUACCCUGUAGUUGUCUUUGACGACGGCAGAAUCCUUUACUCUGCCCCCCUCGGCCAGAGUGACAUCAUCGAGGAAUUCCCCAUCGAUCCCGAUUUUCCCACUGACUACGACUUCCCUUUCCCCGUCCUGGAGAGUGGAGAUGUGAGCGGACGGCCUGUUGAGGGCUCCUCUUCUGGAGAGUCAGUCAGUGGUGGUGUGUUAGGACCCUUCCCUGGACCAGGUCCCUCCACAGCAGAGACAAGCUGGGACCCCAAUGGGACACUAGGACCAUCAGGCAAUCAGACAGGCAGCUAUAACUUCACUGAUUAUAAUGUUCCCUUCCUGGGGAUAGAGGAGGGAGACCCAGGAGUGUCAGGGGGCAGACCAACAGGUGUGGGUGGUGGGAGCUCUGGGAGCUCAGAGGGAGACUCUGCUCCUGCUAUCCCAGGAUCAGGUGAGGAUGAGGGGAGUAACCUGAUGGACUCCAGCCCCUCCCUGGUGGUCCUUGACCCCACACUACUAGACCUGCCCAGAGAACUGUUAGAGCAGGAGCGGUUUGAGUCCUACACAUACACAGGAAUCUCCUCUGCUCUCAUCAUGUUCAGACCCUUCACUCUGAGAGCAGGAAGCAGAUAUAUGUUAGAGGUCACAGCUAACUCCCAUGAUGCAGUACUGGGGCGGACUCAGCUGUUCCUGUCCACUAGCCCCACCCCCCGAGGGAUGACCUGUCAGGUGCAGCCUAGCAGCGGCCUCGAGAUACACACACACUUCAGCAUCUUCUGCACCUCUGGGAAAGAGGACCUGCUGUAUGAGUACAGUUUCAGUAUAGGAAACAGCCCUCCUAAGAUCCUGUACCAAGGAAGAGACUUUCAGUACUACUUCAACCUGCCCUCUGGAGACCCUCAGGAUGACUAUAAAGUCACUAUCUAUACAGAGGUCCGGAACAGGUUUGGAGCAGCAACUACACCCUGUCCUGUAACCGUCACAGUCCACCCCAGCUUCAUCAGGAACACCUCCUCUAACUACAACCCUGAUAUGGAACUUUUUGAGUCAGGUCUGAGGAACCUGUCUGGUCUGGUCCAGUUGGGGAACAGUGUAGAGAUCCGUAACUACAUCAUCCUCCUGUCCAGCGUCCUCAACAGACUCAGCCAGGACCCCACAGCCAACACACACACUCAGACACACACACGCACCACACUCAUCAACGCUGUGUGUCAGCUCGACAUCAAUGACCAGGGGUCCAUGAUAGAUAACAUCUACAUGCUCAAAGACCUGAUGCACCUCACCCACCAGGUAUCGUUAGCCAGUGCCAGUGUGGUGGUGGGUCAUGUCCAGUCCAUCUCAGACCUGUUCCACCAGCCUACUUUUGCUGUUCCCUACAUGCUGGACAGCUGGACCCUUAACACUCUGGUCACACUGCUGUCAUACAGCCUGCAGGCCACCCCCACUACUGAUGAUGUCAGACAAGACCAGGCCACUGCUGAUGAUGUCAUACAGGCCACGCCUACCCUCAAAGAGCAGGCCAUACAACUCACGACUGACAGUCUGCAGACUACUGCUCAAUUACUACUGAAAUACGUCCUGUUCAAUAAGACCCAGCAGCACAACGUGACCACUAGUGUCAUGGACCUACAGACCACUCACCACGACCACGGUCUAACCACGGUCAUCAGCUCUGGCUCGGCCACCUUCUACCUGCCUGACUCCCUGGACUUGGUCCUGUACGGUCGUAGAGGGAGAGAGACCGCAGAUGGACCACAGAGUCUCUGUGUCCUCAGCCAGCUGACCACGUUCACACACAACCUCUACUUCUGGACCAAGACACCUGAACUGCUGAGUGGGCCAGUGAUUGACCUGACUCUGUACAACUGCAGCACAAGGAGAGAGAUUCCAGUACGCUCGCUCUCCCAACCAAUCAACAUUGAGUUCCCCAAAACACCUAGAAACGUAAGUUCUGUAUCCGAGUUCACUCUCCUGCGAAGCCAGGUGAACUACCACAGUUUCAACAUUACCCAGCAGGCCGUGCAGGAGGCCAUACUGGUCAGUGUGGAGUUCACACGGCCGCCCAACAAGACCUUUCCCAUCAUGCUCCUCUUCAGGAUGUUUGAGAGGCCGACCCCCAGCUUGCAUCACAUCCACAGCAUCUAUCACUGGGACGGAAACACCACUCACAUCACCCUGCCUCCAUCAUACCUCAAUGCUGCAGGGACAGGCUACCUGGCUCUACUCAACGCUGACUACAAAAAGACCCCUAGACACAAGUACAUGAGCAGACAGGUGAACUACACCUUGAGACUGGAGACCAGCCAGUGUCUGUCCUGGGACCACCAGCAGGGCUGGACACACACUGGCUGCACACCUCAACUAGGACUGACCUCACACACCAGGGUCAACUGCAGCUGUAGCCACUUGAGCCCAUUGACCAUGGUCCAGCAGGACAUCCAGAGCAGCCAUGACGACUCAGCAGACCUGGCCCAGUUCAUCAGUCUCCCCAGUGAUGUGACGGUGGUGUGUGUGUGUGUGGUGUGUGUGUGUCUGUAUGCCCUUGGCAUGGUGGUGUGUAAGAGAGCUGACCUCAUCUUAGAGAGGAACCAGGGAGUCUACUACCUGUCUGAUAACGGUCCUUCAGACACACAUCUCUACUCUGUUACUAUACACACCGGUCUCCGCUCCUCAACCAGCAUGACCGCCAAGGUCCAUAUUGUGCUGUAUGGGGAGGAUGGGGCGUCACAGACCAGACAACUGUAUGUCCCAGAAUGCCCUCUGUUCAGAAGGAACUCCAGGAACACCUUUAUACUGAGUACUGUAGACAGUCUGGGCCCUCUGUGGGGGCUGAACCUGUGGCAUGAUAACACUGGCCCCUCCCCCACCUGGUACCUCAGACAGGUGGAGGUGUGUGAGGUGAAGGGCAAGGGGCGGAGAUGGCUGUUCCUAGGCCAGUGCUGGUUGGCUGUUGACGAGGGUGACGGACAGGUGGAGAGGAGACUCAGGGUCUGUGAUCAGGGGCCAGGAUUCACCAAGCUACUGUAUCUGAAGCUGUCAGAGUACCUGUCAGACUUCCACCUGUGGUUGUCUGUGUACAGUGGUCCCUCCCCUAGCAUGUUCACUCACACACAACGUCUCAGUUUGUGUCUGCUGCUGCUGCUGGGGUACAUGAGUGUCAACACUUUACUGAUAUCAGGCCUCGAAGACCAAUACACCUCAGAGCUGGGCAUUAUCGACGUGUCUGCCGUUUCCCUAACGACGGGGUUGCUCAGCGCGCUGGCUGUGUUGCCCGUAGCGACUGCGCUGUCCUUCCUGUUCCGUCAGCGUGAGGUCAGAGUAAAGAGGUCAGAGGUCAAACAGGACAUGGUCCGACUGCCAGACAUCUACUCUAUAGAAGCUGAUGCACUGAUCGUGAGUGACUGUGUGUUUGAGUCCUAUCUCUCCUGGAACAAUCUGCAGCAGUGGGCACAGGAGGCCUGGAGGAAGAAAUAUGAGGGCUCAGUGCCGAAUAGGGAUCUGGUUACUCAAAGAGGAGACCUGGGAAUCUGGAGCAGUCAGGAUCUGGUAAGGGAUCUGCUGACCGAGGAGAAAGUCUCCUCAGACUGCAACUCCAUUGGUUUUGAGGAUGGUGUCGCCCACGACAACAGCUUGCUUGGCAGGUUGCUAGGCAACAAUGUCCCAGACAACAACAGCAUUCGCAAGGAGAGGGAUCGUAACCUCAACGAUAGCCCCAAACUUCUGGGCAACAACCAGGUGGGCACCAGUACCAGCAGAUGCUUAGGGGGAAGGCUCAACCCUCUACCCCGCUGGAGUCACCUCCUAGCCUGGGUACUGUGUUUGGCCCUGGGCCUCUCCUCUCUGGUGGUCAUUGUCGUCUUGGGGAUCAGGUUCAGCAGCAGUAAGACUUUACUGUGGAUCCAUUCCCUCUUCUUCUCCCUGCUCUCCUGCGUCUUCAUCAUCCAGCCAGCCAUGAUCCUUGCCAUGGCUGUGGUGGUCUCCUUCUGGCGCAGGAAGCGUCCAGACUUCUCCAGUUUCUCAGGAGCUACUGGGUUUCAGGCAGAAACUCUGAAACUGUGGACCCAAGAUGGCUCCUGUGUCCCAGAGCUCUUCAUGCUCAGCCCUCCUCAUCAGCCCCAGGAGAGAUGCUCACACUUUGACAGGGUGCUGGCGGCCCGUCAGAGAGCUCGGUAUCUGCGUCUGGUACGCCCGCCCACUUCUGGGGAGCUGAGGAGGACAGGGGGGAGGAAGAGGAGAGAAACACUCAUCCGCAAAACACUCAGGAAGAUGGCAGUGUGUUUUUCCAUGCUAUUCCUCCUACUGUGUGUAACCUAUGGCAGCUCGUCUAGAGACCAGUACCACCUCAACCAUGCUGUCCGAACACAGUUCACCAGGAGCCCACAUAACCCAUUCCUGUUCAUCCAAACACAUGAGGAGUGGUGGAACUGGACCCUAACCAGUCUACUGGAUGGUCGGGACACCUGGUAUAACAACAUAUCAGCAACUGGGAAGGCAGGUACGGUCCAGGGAACAUGGAUUCGGAUAGGAGAGCCCAUCCUGAGUAAGAUUGAUGUUUCCAACGCAUCCCAAUGCCAGGUGCCUCCUAUCAUGGCGACCUUGUUCCCAGAAUGCCUCACGGCAUACCCCCCAGGUGAAAGAGUCUCUGGGAUGGCGUUCCCCGUGGGGGUCCGAUCUCAUCUCUGCGGUCAACUCCAGUGUUACACAGGAACAGGGACCACGGUCCAACUUGGUCUAACACGGUCAGAGUCUGUGUCCAGGCUAGAAUCCCUGCGGUCCGCUGGCUGGCUGGACAGACUAACGGUAGCCGUGGCAACCCAGUUCACCCUCUACAGCCCCCCCACCAACCUGUUCAACAGUGUGACCCUGAUGGCCGAAAGAUUACCUGGUGGAGCUUUGCACACCUCCGCCCAUGUCCAGUCAGCUAGGGUCUACCAUUCACCUACUGCAUGGGACUACUUCAGUAUGACAUGUCAGCUCCUCUUCCUCCUCGUCUCUCUGGUCCAGCUCGUCCUCCAGAUCUGUUCUGCCGGGGAGAAAGGCAUGCUGGGAUACUUGAGAGACCCCCAAAACUGGCUCCAGGUCAGUAUACUCCUGGUAACCCUGGUGUACUAUAUCUACUACAUCUACCACUCCAUUCUGACUCUGGAGGUCAUUGACCUGCUGCAGAGACACGACUUCAGGACGCAUGUCGACGUCAGCUUACUGUCUACCUGGGAACAGCACACCCGUACACUGCGUGGCGUACUGCUCUUCCUCCUGGUGGUGCAGUGUAUUUGUUUGUCGGGGGUUAACAGAACCAUGGCCACCUCAGUGAUUCUACUCAGACUCGCCUUCUCCAGACUCCUCUGGCCAAUGGUGUCAGGAGCUGUCCUGUUGGUCGCUCUGUCCACUGUGGGAAACCUGCUGCUCCUGAGGAGGUCCUGGGGUUUCAGCUCCCUGCCCCGCUCCGUCCUCACCCUCCUGUCUCUCUCCAGGGGCCGACUGGGCUCCCGGAACCCCCCCCUGUCCAUGGCCUCUCAGCCCCACCAGCUCCACAGCUCCAACAGCCUGUCUUUCUCUUUCUACCAUGGAGCUCUCUGUCUCACCCUCACUGUGGCCUGGACAGCACUGGUGAUUGGAAUGGUCUCCUCGUUAGUGAGGGCUGCUAAACGAGCCGGUAGGAGGAGGAGCCUACUGACUCUCUCUGACGUGGUUGGCUACGUCAGGGACUGGGCGGCUGUGCUCAUUGGCCAACGCAGACAGAGAUGGACAGAUAGCCAUGCCCACAGGAGAAGUUUUUACCUGGAGGAAUUUGAGAGCCUGGUGGAUGAGCUGCUGUUUAGACUAAAUGCCUUCUCUAACAGUCUGCACCACACCCUACCUCCUAAAGACCUCCGCCACAGGGAGGACAGCCUGCUCUCCUCCACCACUCAGAACCCCUCCAGCCUGGCCUCACAGCGCUCUGCUGCCAGUGAAACAGCACACAUGACUGAAGAGACUCUUCCCAAUGAUCCCCCUGACAUCACCAACCUCCCACUGACCUCCAGGGAACACUCACCUGACACACAUCACUACAGGUCUCAGCUUGAGUUGGAGACCCUCCACCAUCUGCAGCAGUCAGACCAGAGGAGGCAGACCCCAGCCGGUGGACUCUCAAGUAGGGUUGGGACAUCCGGCAGUCCCCUGCGUAGUGGAGCACCAGGGAGGACCUCCCGAGAGCACCCAUCAGAGACUAUAUCUCUCCCCUCAGACAGAAACCUCCAGAGCUCCACCUCCAUAGGGGGGCCAAGCUACCUCUCCUCCCCUGACACGGAGCACGUAGCUGAGGCUCGGACAUGGGACAACUUGCCUCAGAUCCAGAGCCUAACAGGCUGGAUAGAGAAUCAGCUGGUUAAGACUGUGGUUCUGGAGAAUCAGAUCAGCCACUGGAACACUGUCGGUCGGUCUGAUAAGAAGAGCCACAGAAGGCCGAGAAACACCCACAGGGCUACAGUAGAGGAGCCCAGCCCCAUACAUACCCCUGCUUCUGGGGUGGUGGAGGGCCAUGGAGGGCCACACAGGGCUGUGGUGGAGGUUAUGGUCCAUGGGAGCCCGGAGACUGAACCAGUGGAGGGGGAGGGAAUCCUAGGGACAGUCCGACAGUGCUGGGGCUGACACUGUAUGGAGAGUCUAAUGAAUGAACAAAUUAAUGAAUGAAAGAACGAAUUAUCUUCAUCAAUAUGCUAUUCAAGAGGGACAUUAAAAAAAGUAUGUUUAAAUAGUCUGUGUGGCGUGAAUCAGGCUUAAUUACAAGUAUUCAGUAGGCUACUGCAUGUGUCACCAUGUAUAUUUUCAAAAACAUUAAAUAAACAAUGUGCCUGGUUGUAAAAGACAAAUAAAUAAAUGGUGUGUAAAAUACAUUCUCAAAUAAAUGGUGUGCAGGAUAGUGUGAGUGGAGCGCACACUGUUGCUUGAAAGAAUGAACAUUACAACAUGGCUCACUAACUAAUAUGCUUACAGGACAGUUGCAUUGUUGCAGCAAAACAGAGAC